AUGGCGGCAACAUCACCACUGUACAAUCAGCUUAAGGCUGCUGAACCAUUCUUCUUGUUGGCUGGUCCAAAUGUGAUCGAAUCUGAGGAACAUAUUCUUCGAAUGGCAAAGCACAUAAAAGACAUUUCCACAAAACUUGGGUUGCCUCUGGUUUUCAAGUCAAGUUUUGAUAAAGCUAACAGAACUUCUUCAAAGUCAUUUCGAGGUCCUGGCAUGGCUGAGGGUCUCAAGAUUCUUGAGAAAGUGAAAGUAGCAUAUGACCUACCAAUAGUAACUGAUGUUCAUGAAUCGAGCCAGUGUGAAGAAGUUGGCAAGGUUGCAGAUAUAAUUCAGAUACCAGCAUUCUUAUGUCGCCAGACAGAUCUUCUGGUUGCGGCAGCCCAAACCGGAAAAAUUAUCAAUAUUAAGAAAGGACAAUUUUGUGCUCCUUCUGUUAUGGAAAAUUCUGCUGAGAAGAUCAGACUGGCUGGGAAUCCAAAUGUGAUGGUUUGUGAAAGAGGAACCAUGUUUGGAUACAAUGAUUUGAUAGUAGAUCCACGAAACUUUGAAUGGAUGAGGGAAGCUAAUUGUCCUGUUGUUGCUGAUAUAACCCAUGCACUACAACAACCUGCAGGCAAAAAGUUGGAAGGUGGUGGUGUUGCUAGUGGAGGCCUUCGCGAGUUAAUACCCUGCAUUGCAAGAACAGCUGUAGCAGUUGGGGUUGAUGGAAUUUUCAUGGAGGUUCAUGAUGAUCCUCUAAGUGCUCCAGUUGAUGGCCCAACUCAAUGGCCUUUGCGUCAUCUAGAAGAACUCCUAGAGGAGCUCAUCGCAAUCGCUGUCUCCUUCUCGGACAUUUGGGUCCCCAGCAAGUCCUGGAUAUUAAAGAUGUUCAAAGGAUAUUCUGUGACAAAGAAAAAAGAAGAAGAAGAUAUUCUCAUUGCGAAAGUGGAGAAUCCGGCGGUUUCGGAUCUCUUAUUCAAUUUCCAAGAUACUUGUUUCGAAGCCAUGGAGGAAGGUUUAGGUCUUUACCCACUUCAUCGUUGCAAAACCAUUCACCUGGUAAGACAUGCUCAAGGUAUACAUAAUGUGGCUGGAGAAAAAGACCAUAGUGCUUAUUCUUCUGAGGACUAUUUUGAUGCUCAUCUCACACCUCUUGGUUGGCAACAGGUGAAGAAUUUACGCAACCAUGUUUUAGCCACUCAACUCCCAAACAAAAUUGAACUUGUCAUUGUUUCCCCUUUGCUUAGAACUUUGCAGACGGCUGUUGGUGCUUUUGGAGGUGAGGAAGAUACCAACGGAGUCGAUGCAGCGCCGCUAAUGGUGGCUAACGCGGGGAACAGCGAUCACCCUGCGAUUUCAAGCUUAAAGAGUCCGCCUUUCCUUGCUGUUGAGCUAUGCAGAGAAACUAUGAAUGAUCAUCCUUGUGACCGGCGAAGAAGCGUCACAGAGUACAAAGCUCUGUUUCCCGCAAUCGAUUUCUCAGCUAUUGAAAGUGAUGAGGAUGUUUUGUGGAAGCCGAGUCCAAGAGAGACCCCGGAAGAAGUUGCAGCCAGAGGUGUAGAGUUCAUCAAAUGGCUAUGGACGAGGAAAGAGAAAGAGAUCGCGGUUGUAUCUCAUAGUGGCUUCUUGCAUGGCACCUUAAGCUCUUUCGGAAAGGAUUGUCACCAUGACAUAAAGAAAGAGUUGUCUACACACUUUACCAACUGCGAGCUUCGAUCAGUGGUCAUUGUGGAUCAAGGAAAGCUGGGGACUGAUUCUGCAGAGACCACAAACUAUCCAGGGAAGGUUCCUCAAUGA